AUGAGCCCAAGUAACGACUCCGGUUUCAAGGUCGAGCCUUUCGACGGCUCGAACUAUGGGUUGUGGAGUUACAAGAUGAAGAUGUACCUGAUGUCGAAGGGGCUGUGGGGCGCGAUCGCGGGCGAUGAGACAACAAGUGAGGCCAAGGAACAGCAAGCCCACGCCGCGAUCGUGCUGAAUCUGAGCGAUUCGCAGUUGAUGCAUGUCAUCGACUCGGCCACUGCAAGAGAAGCGUGGGGACGUUUGGCGCGAUUUCAUCACAGUCAUGACAUGGCGAAUCGACUUUGGCUGAAGGAAAAGUUCGCCUCGUUCAAGUAUGCAGCAUCAAGCAUGAGCGGUCAUGUGAUGGAGCUGGAGGACCUCGUGAUGAAGAUGAAGCGCGCGAACUGCGGUCCAAGUGAAGAGGACGUGUGCGCAGUACUGUUGCGGAGUCUACCUUCAAGCUUCGAGAGCUUGGUACAGGCAUUCCGCAUGUCCGUCGCAAGCUUCAGUUUCAGUGACCUCGUGAGCAAGUUGAUCGCCGAAGAAGUGCGCCAGAAUGAGGCUGCACGGGUAGAAGAUGCAACGGCGCUCUACGCAGGCAAGAGGAAGGGUAAGCAGUACCCGAAGAAGCAACAAGGACGGCGCGCGAAAGGACCAUCAGGGACCUGCUACAACUGUGGCAAGGUCGGACACUACGCCAGAGAUUGUCGCUCCGGUUUCGCGAGCAACAGCUGGGUCAUGGACAGUGGCGCGUCAGCACACAUGUGCAAGGAUCGAGAUGCGUUCGAAGAGUACGAAGAAGUGCAUCAUGCGCGAAGCAUUUCAAGCGCAAAGAGCGACGUGAAGCUGAAUGUCAUUGGACAUGGGACAGUGAAGCUGCGCGUCUGGACAGGGCAUGCGUGGAUCGACGCUCGCCUUGAGAACACACUUCACGUUCAAGAUUUGUCCAAGAACCUGUUUUCGCUCACGGCUGCGGCAGCGCGCGGCAUGACAGUGGAGAUAACGCGCAACGAGUGCGUGGUGAAGCGUGGCGGCACACCCGUCGCAACAGGAAGGAAGCAGGGGUUCCUCCUGUAUCUCAAUGCUGACUAUGGUACGGAGUGCCACAUGGCCGAAGACGAUUCAGAGCUAUGGAAUAGAAGACUGGGUCACGUGUCGUAUGGUACGCUAAAUGCCAUGGUCAAGGACGGAAGGAUCAAGGGCGCAACGAUGAAGACGAACGUUGCGUGUGACGUAUGCGCAACGUCAAAGCAAGUGCGCAAGUCAUUCAAGACAAGUGAAGAAGACGCUGAAACCAGGGAGAGUUCGCGUUCCGACGUGGUGGUGUGCUCCGACGUUCUCGGACCUAUCACGCCAGCGUCCAAGUCUGGUUUCAGUUACGCCGUAACCUUCAUCAUGAUGAAGAGCAGGUAUGUAACGGUCUAUCCGUUGCGAAAGAAGAGCGACGUUGCGAGUGCGUUCAAGCGGUUUUACCAAGAUAUCAAGACAACAUCUGGAACGAAGAUAAAGGUGCUGCGAAGUGACAACGGCGGCGAAUACCGGAACGCAACGAUGAACAACUUUUGCAAGGCAAAGUUCAUCAAGCAAGAAUUCACGGUUUCGUACAACCCAGAGCAGAACGGGAUGGCGGAGCGGAUGAACCGCACGCUGGUGGAGAUGACGCGCUGUAUGCUCAAGGAAAGCGGCCUCGACAAGUCGUACUGGUGCGAGGCACUGAUGACAGCGGCAGACAUCAGAAACAUUCUGCCGAACGCGUCGAACAAGAGCUCAAGCCCACACGAGAUGGUGUUCAAGAAGGUUCCGCGCAUCGAUCACAUGCGCGUGUUUGGAGCGCAAUGCUAUGCGCAUGUGGCAAAGGAGAAGAGGAAGAAGCUGGACGACUCAGGCGUGCGAUGUUUCUUUCUCGGCAAUGCGAAGGAUCAAAAGGCGUACCGGCUACUUAACGCGGACGACGGCUCGAUCGUGAUUUUAAGAAGCGUCACGUUCGCUGAGCAUUCUGUCUCGAAAGCAUCGAAAAGCAGAGACACGCGGGUCUUCGAUGUCAUUGAAGAAGAGGAAUGUGUGGAGGCGUCGCUACCCGAUGAUGAAGACAAAACAGCGCCGGUGACCGAAGAAGAGCUGCGCACCCCCACCACUUCGAGCGCAGAACAGCUCUCAUCCCGGACCAAGUCAUCGACCAAGCGACACCAUUCCUACGCGCGCAUCCAGCACACCCGGAAGAAAUGGGGAAGAAGAGUGGAUGGUACGACCGGUUCGGAAGAAGCGCGGCGUGAAGAUGGGGAACAAGCGUCCAGCUAUCAAGAAGUAAUGAAGAGCAGCUACAAGGAGCAGUGGCUGCAGGCAAUGAAGAGUGAGAUGAAGUCGCUUGAAGAACACAGCACAUGGAAGCUAGUGGACAUGCCACCGGGCAAGAAGGCCGUAGGCUGCAAGUGGGUCUUCAAGAUCAAACGCGAUCCAAGUGGGGAGAUCAUCAAGUUCAAGGCACGCUUGGUUGCGAAGGGGUUCACGCAGCGUCCUGGCAUCGACUACAACGAGACCUUUGCACCAGUGGCGCGCAAGGAAUCUAUCAACACAGUGUUGGCGAUCGCUGCAGCUGAAGACCUGGAAGCAGAAAACGUUGAUGUCGACACAGCGUUUCUCUACGGCGAAGUGGAAGAGGAGAUCUACAUGGACCAACCUGACGGUUUUGAAGAUGAAGAAAGCCCGAAAAAGAAGUGUUUGCUGCAGAAGGCGCUAUACGGGACGAAGCAAGCGGCGCGGCAGUGGAACAACAAAUUGAGUCAGCACUUGGUUGAUCAAGGGUUCAAGAGCAGUGCAGCGGACCCGUGUGUGUUCGUUCGAGUGACAAGAGAGGAGUACAGCAUCAUCGUGAUCUACGUGGACGACUUGAUGAUUUUCUGCAAGACGAAGGAGCACAUCGCGAGUAUCAAGAACUCAUUGAUGGAAGAUUUCAGCAUUAAAGAUCUUGGAGAUCUCAAGUACUGCCUCGGGAUCGAGAUUCAUCGCAAGCGCGAAGAUGGAACGAUCAAGAUGAACCAGAAGGCGUACAUCAAGCGACUGUCGGAGAAGUUCGGCGUUGAGAACUGCAAGGACGUGCACACGCCAGCGGACAGUAACUCGAAGCUGAUCAAGAUGUGUCAAGAGGAAGCGUUUGUACCAAAGUACCCAUACCGUGAGCUGGUGGGCGCUUUAAUGUACAUCGCCACAUGUACACGACCGGACAUUGCGCAUGCGGUUGGCGAAGUUGCGAAGUUUUGCGAGCGCUACGACAAGUCGCAUUGGACAGCAGCAAAGCGGAUUCUCAAGUAUCUCAAGAGGACUCAAGACUUAAGCAUCGUGUUCAGCGGCAUCAACAAGGGAGAGCUGAUCGGAUUCGCGGAUGCAAACUGGGCUGGCGACCUCGACACGCGGCGUUCGACAACAGGAUACGUUUUCUUCCUGAACGGAAGCGUGAUAUCGUGGAAUUCGAAGCGUCAACCAACGGUCGCGACCUCAAGUACGGAAGCAGAGUACAUGAGUCUGUACAGCGCGACGCAGGAAGCAAUUUGGCUUCGAGGUCUGCUCAAGGACCUGAACUACUGUGCGAAGAACGCGACGACGAUUUUUCAAGACAAUCAAGGUUGCAUCGCGCUGGCCAAGAAUCCUGUGUACCACUCGCGCACGAAGCACAUCGACAUCAAAUUUCACUUUUUGCGUGAAAAGGUUGCAAGUGCAGUGAUCGCGCUAGAGUUCAAGCCGACAGAAGAUAUGGUCGCGGAUGGAUUCACCAAGGCACUUCCAAGAGACAAGCACAGCAAGUUCAUCACGGGUCUGUGCAUGGCGGUGUAG